GAUUGUUGAGUCUAACGAAUCAGUUUAGUUUUCGGAGAAACUUUUUCAUUUAAAAAAUAAUCUAUCGCGUUCUCAUUUGUGAAACAUUCUUUGACGUGAAUGUAUAAAAGAGAAAAUGAACUUCAAUCAGAUAUUGGCCAUUGUGGCGCUUCUGAUUUUUUAUAUGAUUUAUUUAACGGCUGCUGCACGUUACGUACCCAAAUGGAAGAAACAAGCAUGUGAGGUGCCAGCCAGUCAAAAUGAACAAUCCCAUUACACAUGUGACGAUAAUGGAGAUGUUAAGUGUUUGCCAGGAUGGCAAGGCGACUUGUGCGAUGUUCCAUUAUGCCGAAAGGGUUGUGAUCCAAUGCACGGCUAUUGCAAAAAGCCCGGAGAGUGUCGUUGUAAUUUAGGAUUUUAUGGAGAAAAAUGUGAUCGUUGUAUCCCAUUGCCAGGCUGUCAACAUGGUUAUUGUAACGUUUCGUUUGAGUGCAUAUGCAAUAAAGGCUGGGAUGGAUUAUUCUGCACCGAUCCCAUUUGCCGUGAAGAUUGUCAUUCAACUCGUGGCUAUUGUGAAGUUCCAAAUGAAUGUCGAUGCCGAUUGGGUUGGGCUGGACCAACGUGCAAAGAGUGUCAAGUUUUACCUGGUUGUCAAAAUGGCAGUUGUACAAAACCAUUGGAAUGCAAAUGUAAUCCAGGAUGGACCGGCAUUUUAUGUCACAUUCCCACCUGCGCUGCUAAUUGCAAUCAAAAGCAUGGAUAUUGUAAGAAACCAGGGGAAUGUCGUUGCAAAGUUGGAUACCAUGGAGAUAAUUGCGACAAAUGUCAUCCAUAUCCAGGUUGCAAGCACGGUGACUGCCAGAGACCAUGGGAAUGCAACUGCAAACCUGGUUACGGAGGAAUGUUAUGUGAUGAAGAAUUAAAGUACUGCGAAGAAAAUCCAAAAACUUGCUUAAAUGGUGGAAAAUGUACGUCGUUAACUGAAGAUGAGGGCUCAUUUAAAUGCGAAUGCCCGUCAGGAUUCAAAGGUCAAAAAUGUGAAAUCGUUCCAAUGAUUGUGAAUUCAACGUCAAAACCGAAACCGUCUACAACAUCAAAGUUACCAAGCCAAGAAGCGACGGCAUCAACGACAAAAAAACCAACUACAAAUUCGGAAGAGGACAUUGAAAGUAAUGAGCACACAACCGAAUCCAGAACAGAUGAAACUGAUGUCGUUUCAGUGGAAGAAAUUGACAACGAGGCAUAAAUAGAAUUAGUCAUUAGAUCGAGUAAGAAACAUAAUCAUUUUUCGUUGUUGUUGUUUAUUAUAAUUUAUUUUCUAGCUAUGUUUAACUUAUUUAUUGUGGUAAAAUGUUUGAUGAUUCGAGUG